CAGGAUAAAUUCGGCCUAAAAUUGUUGCUACAAAUGGGUACUAAUUCCGGAGCCACAACGGGCAUCAAUAAUAAACCCAUCGGUGGAGCUGGCGGUACGGGUGGUGGUGGCGGUGGAGUUGUUGGCGGCGGUGCCGGCCUAAUUGGCGGCAGUGGUCUCGGUGGUGGCGGUGCCAUUAAUAAUGCAGCCAACAACAGCCUAGGUGGUGGACAAAAUUCUGGGCUGGGGUUGGUCGGUGGCAAUAAUGUCUCCAACUCCGCCGGUGGCCUUGGCGGUGUCGGCAUGGGUUCCGGCGGCGGUAAUCCGGACGAUGGCAAUGGCGGUGCCGCCAACAAUGUCAAUAAUCAACAGGCAACUCCACAGUAUACCAUACCUGGCAUAUUGCAUUUCAUACAGCAUGAAUGGUCACGUUUCGAAUUGGAACGUUCACAAUGGGAUGUCGACCGUGCUGAAUUGCAAGCCCGCAUUGCAAUGCUACUUGGCGAACGUAAAUGUUUGGAAAGCCUUAAAUCGGAUUUAACACGACGCAUUAAAAUGUUGGAAUACGCUCUGAGGCAAGAACGUGCCAAAUUUUAUCGCCUCAAAUAUGGCACCGAUCCGCCUCAACUAAACGAAUUAAAACCAUCGGGUGAUGAUUCUUCGCUGGGCGGAGAAGUUGCACCAGAUUCCGAGGUACCAUAUAGUUCAGUGUCGAAUACAACUUGGCGUCAAGGCAGACAAAUGUUGCGUCAAUAUUUGGCAGAGAUCGGUUUUACCGAUAACAUUAUCGAUGUACGUUCAAAUCGUGUACGUUCCAUAUUGGGCCUGAACAACAAUGCCGAGCAGGAGGAGAAUGUUAGUCCAAAUGUUAAUGGAAAUGAGAAUAAUAAAAGGGCCUCAGAGUCGGAGGGUCGUCGCACACCUGCAAAAAAGAUCCAACAAAAUAACGAUGCCAUCAUUCUGGACACCGAAGCAGCUGUAAUGGCAAAUUUUGAAUUUUUGGGACCCACAGAAAUGUCGGACGAUGAUGAAAUUUCCGAUGAUUUAGAAAUGGUCACCGGUGACAAUGAUGAGAGCGACAUGAAAACCACAAAACGUAUUAAGCCCGGCAAAGAUAUACUAAGUGAAGAUCUGGGUGCUGAGUUGGGAGAACAGCUGCUCAAUGAUAUCAAUCUUAUAACAGAAGGAUAUUCAUCAUCGAAUGUUGAACAAACUAAUAAUACGGUAAAUACAGCCGCCUCGGCUGCUGCUCGACGCAAUCUAAUCACAGCUGUUACUGCGGCCGGCGACGAAGAUGUGGACGCCUCUCUCGGCUUAGGCGAAUUGGCUCAAUUGACAGUGAAUAACGAUUCGGAGGGCUCUUACGAUUCCAACACUAAGGAUGGCUCGGGUGGUGGCGCCUAUCGCAAAACAUGGAAUGCCAAAUACACACUACGUUCACAUUUCGAUGGUGUACGCUCGUUGAUUUUCCAUCCCGAGGAACCGGUGCUGAUAACCGCCUCCGAAGAUCACACCCUUAAGCUGUGGAAUCUACAGAAAACGGUACAAGCCAAAAAAUCUGCUAGUCUUGAUGUUGAACCAUUGUACACAUUUAGAGCCCACACUGGCCCCGUACUGUGCCUGGGCAUGUCUACCACAGGUGAAACCUGUUAUUCCGGCGGCUUGGAUGGCAAUAUUGAAUGUUGGAAGUUGCCCUCGCCCAAUAUUGAUCCGUAUGAUUGCUAUGACCCCAGUGUACAUUCGGGCACGCUGGAGGGUCACACAGACGCCGUCUGGGGCCUGGCCACAAUGCACAGUAAUAUUGUGUCGUGUUCGGCCGACGGUAGUGUCAAACUGUGGUCGCCAUACAGCAAAGAGCCCUUGCUACGCACUUACACAGCUUCCGAGGUUGAGGGUGUACCCUCAUCCGUUGACUUUGUGCGCAAUGAAGUCGAUCACAUUGUGGUGGCCUACAACAGUGCCCACUGCCUGAUUUACGAUACGGAAACUGGCAAACAAGUCAUCAAACUGGAGGCUGCUCAAGAAAUGUCCGGUAAUACGGGGAAAUUCAUCAACAAAGUGAUCUCACAUCCAACGUUGCCUAUAACAAUAACAGCUCACGAGGACCGGCACAUACGUUUCUGGGACAACACAUCCGGACAGUUGGUGCAUUCGAUGGUGGCCCACUUGGAACCUGUAACAUCGCUGGCGGUCGAUGCUCAUGGUCUAUAUUUGUUGUCGGGCUCACAUGAUUGUUCCAUACGCCUGUGGCAUUUGGAUAACAAGACAUGUGUGCAGGAGAUCACAGCGCAUCGCAAGAAAUUCGAUGAGAGCAUAUUUGAUGUGGCGUUCCAUGCCACGAAACCGUAUAUAGCCAGUGCGGGUGCAGAUGGUUUGGCGAAAGUGUUUGUCUAGAUGACAAUCUAUGCCGUUGUCGUCGUCGUGUCGUCUAGUUG